ACUAGUGCAGCCGGUUCAGCUAAAAAGAACAGGCCUCAUCCUUCCAUCGUGAUCCACCGUUUUCGGUGUUGAACUUUAGCCGGUGUCUGCAUGAAGCACCAGCUUUAUGAACGCCGUAAAAAUUGUGAAUUUUUUAAGUGUACUGUUUACAUAAACAAAAAAAAAAAAUUAUGAUUACGAAUGAUAUCGUCUCGAGUUAUUGUUAAGUUAUUGUCAAUUUAUCAUCGAUAAUAAUUAAAGUUAAACCUAGAAUGGUUCAAUGGAACGUUGGUUCAAUUUUUAAGUUAUGAAAUUUUGACAUGCCAAAUGCCAAAGUUGAACGCACAUUGUCAGACGUUGCGGCAAAAUUUAAUAUUUUACACUCGACAUGCACAGGUAAUGUUGCUUUCAGGCACGCGCUCGUCGUGACACAAUUGUCAUUGCCAUGGAAAUAUGAUUCUUCCAAGCGGAACUUGUGGCGAAUGUACAGAACACGAGCAAGUUAUAAAACCAGAGAGUACGAAGGUCGCAUGUUGGUGGGCUUUUCAAUGGAGAAAAUGUACCACGUCGUUGCCGAUGUUGAAAAUUACAAAAACUUUUUACCCUUUUGCAAAAAAUCUGAAAUUACUUUGAAAACCAAAGAUUUACUGAAGGCUAAUUUAGUAAUUGGGUUCCCGCCUAUAAACGAGAGUUAUACUUCAACGGUGACUACAAUAUAUCCGAGGAUAGUUAAAGCCGAAUGUAAGGACGGUAGAUUGUUCGAUCAUUUGGAUACCCUGUGGUUGUUCAAUCCUGGACUGAAAAACAAUCCAGAAACAUGCGUGAUUGACUUCUCUUUGUCCUUUGAAUUCAAAUCCGUCAUUUAUUCUCAUCUGUUAAAUUUAUUCUUCAAUGAUGUUGUGCGGCAAAUGGAGAACGCCUUCCUUGAAGAGGCCAAAAAUAGGUAUGGCCAGCCAUGUUUAAGGACAGUACGAUUACAAAGAUGACAAGAGAUAUUUAUAGAAAUUAUUGAGUAUAGAUAAUAUUUAUUUUGUUGACUUGAUGAAUUUAUCUGUAAUCUAAUUGUUUUUCAAAUAAAUAUAAGCUUAACAAGAUAAUACAACAAAAAUUAACAUGACAAAAAAUAAGCUACAUGUUUUUAACUAAUGUAUUUUACAAUAAGUGUAUGAAGCAUUUGUUUGAGAAUUUAGUAAAAACAAUCUUGCAUAAUGCAUAUACGAGUCAUUUAAUUUGAGACACUUGAAUAUCGUGAAAAGAAAACAUUUUAGUGAAAAACGUAUCAGAGGAAAGUUUUUCAAUUUCGAAGGGCUAAUAUGAUAGUCAGUUUGAUCUAGGGAGGCAACGGCAAGACUAGAUCAAAAUCACAUACAAAUUUAGCGUUAUUAUAUUAGUGAUACAUAUCUUAAUAGAAAAGAGUUUUAAAAUAUCUUUUUGAAAACACCACAAAGUCAGAUUUAAAAAUAUAUAAUAAAAAAUAAGUUUCUAUUUAAAAAUAGGUUUCUAUUUAAGAAAGUGGAGGUGCUUUGCUCUGAUCUUGCCCUUGCAUCCCAAAGUCCAAUUGACUAUCCUAUCAUAUUAGUCGAUUAAAACUGAACAACUUUCGUCUAAAAUAUUUUUCUCUAUAAUACUUUCUUUUCAAGAUAUUCAAGUGUCGCAAGUUAAAUAACUCUAUAUAUAAAGAAUCGACAAAUUACAGUUCAAUAUAAAAUACAAUAUGUAAAGUGGAGCAUUAAAUCUUAAUACCUCAAUAAAAAUAUUUACAUAAUAUUAUGUUAAGUUAUUGAUAGUAAUAUCAAAUUUUUUGUUGAUAACAUUAUGUAAAUAUGAAGUUCAAAUGUUCUCUUUCUUUAAAGAAAAGAGAAAUAGAGAAAUUAUUUUUAAGUGAAAAAGUUAUAUAAUUGGUAAAGAAUAUUUGUUAAACGUUUGUACGAAUUGUUAAUAUUAAAAAUAUUUAAUUAGAUUAAAUAAUACAUGUUGAAUUGUUA